GCAAAAUAUUGAACCAGCGUUUGAAAUACAAAUGUAUCAUCUAUAUGUUUAAUCUUGGUAGCUGAUAAGAGCUGCAAACCGAUAUUUUCUUUUCUCUACUAUGGCUUCCCUAGCAAGGCAAAAGCAGCCUCACUUUGUCUUAAUCCCUCUCAUGGCACAAGGCCAUAUGAUCCCCAUGGUAGACAUGGCUAGGCUUAUUGCAGAGCGUGGGGUAAUGGUUAGCUUGGUCACUACUCCAAACAAUGCCUCGCGAUUCGACACCACGAUUUCCAGAGCAAGAGAAUCUGAACUUCCAAUUGUCCUUGUGGAAAUCCCAUUUCCAUGCCAAGCAGUCGGACUUCCAAUCGGGUGUGAGAAUCUUGACACUUUACCCUCAAGAGACCUGCUCAGAAAAUUCUACAAGGCUCUAAGUUUGCUACAAGAACCGGUUGAAAACUACCUUCGCGAGCAUAAUCUUCACCCCAGCUGCAUAAUCUCGGACAAGGCCCUAUCGUGGACUUCGAAAACAGCUCAGAAGUUCAAUGUUCCGAGGAUUGUUUUCCAUGGGAUGUGCUGCUUCUCACUGUUGAGCUCUCACAAUGUGAAAGCCUGCAAUGCUCACAAUUCUGUCACCUCUGACUCUGAACCUUUUGUGGUACCAGGGCUGCCCCAGAGGAUUGAGAUCACUAAGGCUCAGCUGCCCGGAGAAUUUGUUACCCUGCCCGAUUUAAAUGAUUUUCGGGACAAGAUACAAGAAGCAGAAUUAACAUCCUAUGGGGUUGUAGUGAAUAGCUGUGAUGAACUGGAGCAUGGGUGUGCUGAAGAGUUGAGCAAGGUGCUUGGAAAAAAACUUUGGUGCAUCGGGCCGGUUUCCUUGUGCAACAAGAGCAAUCUGGACAGGUUUUCUAGAGGCAACAAACCCUUAAUUGAUCAGAGGCAAUGCUUGGAAUGGCUCGAAUCAAUGAAACCAAGGUCGGUUAUCUACGCGUGUCUCGGUAGCCUUUGCAGACUAGUUCCAACACAACUGAUUGAGCUUGCACUUGGUUUAGAAGCAUCAGGGUGGCCAUUUAUUUGGGUAGUCAAAACAAGUGAGAAGUAUUUAGAAUUAGAGAAGUGGUUAGUGGAGGAAAGAUUUGAGGAAAGGAUCAAAGGGAGAGGUCUUCUGAUCAAGGGUUGGGCUCCACAAGUUCUUAUACUCUCCAAUCCUGCAAUUGGAGGAUUCUUAACUCACUGUGGUUGGAACUCAACGAUAGAAGGGGCAUGUUCCGGUGUACCAAUGAUUACAUGGCCUCUGUUUGCCGAGCAGUUCUUCAACGAAAAAAUGAUUGUAGAAGUUUUGAGGAUCGGGGUUCGGGUUGGUGUAGAAGUCCCGGUUAGGUGGGGGGAUGAAGAGAAAGUUGGGGUGUUGGUGAAGAAAGGAGGAGUGAAGCAGGCAAUAGAAUCGCUGAUGGAUGAGAGCGAAGAAGGAAAAAAGCGAAGAACGAGAGCAAGAGAAAUUGGUGAGAUGAGUAGAAGGGCUAUGGAAGAAGGAGGAUCAUCUCACUCAAACAUGUCAUAUCUAAUCCAAAAUGUUAUGGAAGAGUCUACUCAAGGAAAAGGUUAAAGCUAUAAUUAAAUGGAGUAUACUGAUGCAUCUUAUGUGAAAUGCAUGGCAUCUCUCCUUUUACAUAAAUAUGUUCUUCUGUAAGGCAGUGAAUUCACUUCUGGUGCAUAUUUCAGUUAACUGGUGAGAGGUCUUGGAUUUAAAUAUCAAAAAUGUCAAGUAUACCACCAAUUUAUUCUCUCUACCCAUUAUCAUUAUCUAAAAAAAUUCACUUCUAUUU